AAUAUCGAUUGAAUAACUUGAAUUACUGCGACAGUUUUUCUUAUCGGUUAGCAUGUAUAUUUUUAAACAAAUUUUCCUUUUAUGCUACCUACUGCAACAUUACAGUUUUCGUUCAUUUUUAACAGCGUUUUUUUUAUUGGAGCUUUAAUUAUAUUAAUAUGCAUUGAAAUAUUGAAGUAUACUUACCAUUUUUAAUUAGGUUUGGUGUAUUUGAAUGGUACAAUGGAUUUUCAAUACUAGAAACAAAUUGCAGAUAGAUCCUGCUGAGAGAGAUGACGCAGUGGUAAUACAAUUAGCCAUUACAAGUGCCUUGUCUGGAUAAAUAGACAUUUGAUAACUUUUCUGUGAAAUUUUAAGUGGUGAUAAUUUGUGCUAUUUAAAACAUAUAAGGCCGCGAUUACAAUGGGAGUCUUUUCGCGAGGUUUGUUGGAUCACUCAAACGUUAAGAAUAUCAUGGCGCUUCCAAAAUUGCUAGUAACAGCAAUUUUACUUGCCUUGGCAACAGCGGAGCCAGAAUAUAGAUUGCCUACGUACGCCACACCCUCCAGUUAUGUCAUCGAUAUUGAGAUCGAUCCAGAGCAGGUUCAGUUUAAUGGAACCGUCACCAUCAACCUAGAUGUGGAUGGGGCAAAUACAGAUGCGGAUAUUCAAACUUUGCAACUUCACGCCGAUCAUGACCUAAUAAUGAUAACAAAAGUAACGCUAAAUGACAAAGACCAAUGUACGGCUUCGGUUAUUGACAACGUCACCGAUAUUGUUACGUUGAACUGCAACAAAAAUCUUGAUGGUAGUCAAGUUAUUAAGAUUGAUUAUGUGGGAAAUUUAUCAAUCGACGAUAUGUAUGGCCUUUAUAGAAGUACGUACACUGAGGAUGGCAAAAAUAAAACCUUAGUGGCAACUCAGUUUGAGCAAACUUAUGCGAGACGAGCUUGGCCGAAUUUUGACGAGCCAAGAUUCAAAGCCGAUUGGACACUGACUGUUACUGCGCCAAAGAAAUACACGGUCGUCUCGAAUACGAAAAUUCAAGAUACAAAUAUCGUUGGAGAUGCAAUGGUGACCAAAUUUUCUAAGACGCCCGUCAUGUCCUCAUAUCUCGUAGCAUUAGUAGUGUCCGAAUUCACGUCAAUUAAAUCCACAGUCAAAGAGGACUAUGACUUUAGUGUUAUCGCGAGGGUUAGUGCGGAAAAUUACACAAAAACCGCUGUCAAAUAUGGACCGCUGCUGAUCGACUUAAUGGGCAACUGGACAAACAUUUCAUACACUGAGUUAGGAAACUCCAAACAGGACCUGGCCGCCAUUCCUGACUUUUCAGCCGGCGCCAUGGAGAACUGGGGAUUAAUUACCUACAGGGAAAUCGAUUUACUUGAUGAAGAUGACAAAACUACCAACUCCGCCAAGCAAACUGUGAUAACGGUGAUAGCUCACGAACUGGCCCAUCAAUGGUUCGGAGAUUACGUGACAACUCAAUGGUGGUCAGAGACGUGGCUUAACGAAGGUUUUGCUUCAUAUUUCGAAUUUUUCAAUGCCAAUAACCUUCCAAACGAAUCUUUGGGAUUGGAUUAUCAAUUUGUUGUGAAAGUUCAUCAAUCUAUUUUGCAAGUGGACGAUGUGCCUUCAGCAGCGCCACUGUCCAGUAAGGAUGCCGAUGUGAAUUCGCCUGCUGAAGCGGACAAAAAAUUUGACGAUAUAACUUAUGACAAAGGUGGAAGCGUUAUUCGAAUGAUAAAAUACGCCAUAGGGGAAGAAGUAUUCCAAGAAGGGUUGCGCAAUUAUCUAAAAUCCAACCGAUAUCAAGUAGUGAGUGCUCACGAACUGCUUAGUUCUUUGGACCCAAAUUCUACAGAUCUGGCUGAGAAAUUGAGCUCGUGGAUCUACGAACCAGGAUAUCCGAUUUUGAAAGCCUCUCUUAACAUGAAUGGGUCGGUUGUUUUAGAGAAUAAUAAACGCUUCCUUAAAAAUGCGGAAAAAGAUACCAAUCAAGAAAGCAUAUGGUACGUUCCAGUAUCUUAUACCAAAUCGGGUAAACCAGAUUUUAUGAACCUGGACAUCCAAUGGCUCGCACCUAAGGAAACUUCCGUUAUCGAUCUCGACGAUGGCGAAUGGAUAUUAUUUAACAUACAAUCCAGUGGAUUCUACAGAGUCAAUUACGAUCAAGAAUUGUGGUCUAGAAUAAUCUCGGUUCUAAUGGAAAGUCCUGACCAGAUUCACGUCUUAAACAGAGCCCAAGUUUUAGACGACAUUUUCAACAUUGCUAAAAUUGGCGAUAUUGAUUAUAAUACAACGUUUAAACUUUCCCGAUACAUUUCCAAGGAAACUGAGUACUACCCCCUAUAUACGUAUUUAACGGAAAUUAGUUAUUUGUUGGGAAAACUACAAAGUGACGAUACAAAAAAUCAACUUGUGGCGGAGGUUUUGAUGCUUUUGGAUGACGUCAUAAAUGAGGCCCUGACUAGUUCUUCGGAAAAUUUAAGUCAUGUGGAAGUUCUGAAGAAAGUUUUAAUUUUAACUUGGGCUUCCAAGCUUGGACACUCGGACGCGCUUUCACUUGCCACACAACAAUUUGAAAGUUAUAAAAACGACACUAAUAGCAUCGUCGACAAUAAUUUAAGAAACAUCAUCUUCUGCUACGGAUUGAAAAACAGCGCAAACGCCAAUGACGAUUUUGACUUUUUGUACAACGUUUAUUUGGAAUCGAACUCUCCGAAUGAGAAAAUUGACAUUUUGAAUUCUCUAGCGUGCGUAAAGGAUAAAGACGUAUUGAAAAAUUACUUGGCGAAAACCAUCGACGAUAAUGCUGGAAUACGAAAACAAGACGCACAAAGAGUAUUCAGAGCUGUGUACAAUGCGGGUCCAGAGGGAAUUGACGUAGCCCUGGACUUUUUGAGCGCGAACGUUGACACAAUUGUCGAAAAGUAUAAAGGAAUGUUAGCAAUCGAUUCUAUUUUAACUGGUUUGGGAUCCGUGAUUGUUAAGGAUGACAAUAUUAGCAAACUCCAAGCUAUUAUAACCGACAAUUCUAUGGUAGAGAGUAUACAGGUUUCCGGCAAACAAGCAUUGGAUAUAGCAAGUGCUAACAAAAAGUGGAGUGAAGAGCAUGAGGGAGAUGUCGCAGCAGCAUUAUUCGAUGAUUCUCCCUCUAGUGGUAAUCUGAUAUCAUCAGUUAGCCUCGUCUCUAUCGCGAGUGUAUUUAUAGUAGCCUUUUUAUUUUAAAUUUGUAGAAAUACUUUUGUACGAGCGAAAAUGUAAAAUAUAUAUUUAUAAAAA